GUGUCGUAGACUGUAGUCCCUACAAAUCAUAAUUAAUGGGGUUAUCUCUUGGUUACUUCUAUCUUGGGCAUCAUAUCCACAAAAUUCAUCAAUCAUCAAAGACUACAGCAAAAUCUUAAAGAUGAAUUCCAGAAUUCUGCAGUUGCUGCAAAAUCAACUAAAGUACACCUACUUGCAACCUUUAACACUUGUAUCAUUCAUCCUCUUCCUGUUAUUUCUCUACAAAUGGCUUCAAUUAACAACUAUUUCCAGGAAAAACCUGCCUCCAUCUCCACCAAAGCUACCAAUUCUAGGCAAUAUACAUCAGCUAGGUACUCAACCUCACCGUUCUCUCCGAUCGAUGUCCGAGAAAUAUGGAGACCUCAUGAUGAUUCAACUCGGCAGUGCUCCUACCAUCGUCAUCUCCUCAGCAAGAGCAGCCCGUGAGAUCAUGGUAACCCAUGAUAUUGUUUUUGCUAACAGACCAAUGUCGAAGAAAGGAGAGAGGCUUCUGUAUAACUACAAGGAUCUUGUGGGAGCACCUUAUGGAGAAUACUGGAGGCAGAUGAAGAGUAUAUGUGUGCUCCAUCUCUUGAGUAACAGAAGGGUUCGGUCAUUUCGCAGUAUCAGAGAAGAAGAAACAGCUCUUCUGAUAGAGAAAAUAAGACAAGCAGGAUCAUCACCUGUGAAUUUGAGCGAGAUGUUUAUAGAGUUCACGAAUGAUACGAUAUGCAGGGUUGCCUUUGGAAGGAAGUACAUUGGAACGGAAGAUGGUAUCAACUUUAAUAAGGUCAUGAAAGAGUUUAACAGGUUGCUAGCUGAAUUUAAUGUUGGAGAUUUGAUUCCCUGGCUUGCUUGGAUUGAUAAACUUAAUGGAUGGGAUGCAAAAGUUGAUAAAAUUGCCAAAGAAUUUGAUCAAUUUCUUGAAAAAGUAGUUCAAGAACACCAGAAUCGUUUAGAUGAUUGCAGGAAAAAUGAAAAGGGUGACAGUGAUGAAAAAGCUAAGGACAUUGUCGAUGUUUUGCUUGAUAUUCAGAAGGAUCAAACACCUCACUUUCCCAUAGACCGAGACAGUAUAAAAGCUCUCAUAUUGGAUAUGUUUUCCGCUGGAACUGAUACAACUUCCACCCUACUAGAAUGGACAAUGACAGAACUAUUGAGACAUCCUAGAAUUAUGAAAAAACUGCAAGAAGAGGUGAAGGCAAUUACUGGAGAAGUAGUAGAUGUAAAAGAAGACGACUUGGAGCAUAUGAAGUAUCUGAAAGCAGUGGUCAAGGAGACUUUAAGGCUACAUCUUCCGGUCCCUUUGUUAAUACCCCGACAAUCAACCCAAGAUACCAAAAUAUUUGGCUACAACAUUCCUGCCAGGACAGGAGUUAUAAUAAACGGUUGGGCAAUCCACAGAGACCCUGAUUCUUGGGAUGAACCUGAAAAGUUCAAUCCAGAAAGGUUCUUGAAUUCCUCAACGGAUUUCAGAGGGCAUGACCUCCAGUUCAUUCCAUUCGGAGCUGGCAGAAGGAUGUGCCCUGGAAUAUCAUUUGCCAUGGCAAGCAGUCAGCUUUUAUUGGCAAAUCUCAUGCGUAAGUUUGAUUGGAUGUUGCCUGGUGAAGCAGAUAUUGAAACCCUGGACAUGACUGAGAGCUUUGGGAUCAAUAUGCACAAAAAUACUCCACUUCUUGCCGUAGCAAAAUCUUGUAUUGCAUCUGCAGGAAACUGAAGGCUCUGCACCCCUGCAUAUGAAUACCCUGAGUUGUUGGCAGCAAAUAGAUGGGCAACAAACAAUAGGAACAUGUUUUUAUGCAAUGAAGAGAUCUUACGAUUACAACAUGUUUUACGUAGUCAGAUUCUCAUACUCCUAAUCCUUGCUCUUGCUUUUCUUGACAUUAAUUCAUCAAAGCAUGUAUUAAGUUAUAAUAUGGAAUUGUUGCCUUACAAUGUAUCUAUGCUAUGUAUCCUUGCUAAAUUAUCCUCUUUUUUUUUUUUUUUUUUUCAGGUAAAGUAUGUUGUAACUUUCACCGGGAAUCCACAUUAGUAAAAUUAAGGGGGGGAAAUAGGAAUUUUGAUUAAAUUUGGUAAGGUUCGACCAAAAAACUAUUAAUCCAUGUAUGGUCUUAUUCUGAAACAAAGAUUGUUUUUCAAGGA